CUGGCGCACGGCAGUCUCGUGUUCUGUCUUGGCGGACUAAGUCGCUCUACUUGGAAAAAGGCGGGAAAAUCAGUGCAGUGUACAGUUUGCCAGUUUUAUUUAAAUAAAAAAUGUCACCAAAAAGUACAAAUAGCGGUGAAGAUGAGUGCGAUACUGAUGCUCUUAAAUCGGAAGCUGAAGAUGAUAAAGGUGGACUGGAGGCGAAGAUGUCACUGCUGAACGGAAUCACGGUUAUCGUAGGUUCGAUUAUCGGCAGUGGCAUUUUUGUGUCACCCACUGGUGUUUUGAAGUAUACGGGAAGUGUCAAUGCUAGUCUUCUAGUUUGGAUAACAUCAGGAGUUUUUAGUAUGGUGGGUGCCUACUGCUAUGCUGAGUUGGGUACAAUGAUUCGACAGAGCGGUGCUGAUUAUGCCUACAUCAUGGAGACAUUUGGGCCCUUCGCUGCCUUUAUUCGAUUGUGGAUCGAAUGUAUGAUUGUUAGACCUUGUUCUCAGGCGAUCGUGGCGCUGACAUUCAGUGUGUACGUCCUGAAGCCGAUAUUCCCAGAGUGUCAACCACCUGACGAGGCCACUAGAUUACUGGCUGCUUGCUGUAUAUUGCUAUUGACAUUUAUAAACUGUUGGUCUGUACGUGCGGCGACGAGGGUGCAGGACUGGUUCACAUACGCAAAGCUCUUGGCGCUCUUCAUCAUCAUCGCUGCUGGAUUAUACCAACUGUGCACAGGGCAUGUAGAGCAUUUCACAUUUGAAGGUACAACGAAUGACGUCACUUCCAUUGCCUUAUCAUUCUAUUCUGGUCUCUUCGCUUAUAACGGAUGGAACUACUUAAAUUUCAUAAUAGAAGAACUUAAAGACCCGGUUCGGAACUUACCUCGUGCCAUCGCUAUUUCCUGUACUCUUGUAACCAUCGUCUAUACACUCACUAAUGUGGCCUUUUACACCACACUAUCUCCUACUGAGGUUCUCGGUUCAGCCGCGGUAGCUGUAACAUUCGCUGAGCGAUUGUUCGGUGCUUUUGCACUAUGUAUACCAUUGUUCGUAGCUGCUUCGACAUUUGGCGCUGUCAAUGGAGUAUUACUUACGUCUUCAAGAUUAUUCUACGCGGGCGCAGCGCAAGGCCAAAUGCCUGCGAUGUUAACGAUGGUGUCUUCUCGAGCGACACCCGUGCCUGCUGUAUUAGCCGUGGCGCUUUUGUCGCUUCUCUACUUAACUGUAUCAGACAUACAGGCUCUUAUUAACUAUGUUGGAUUUGCUACAUGGUUGAGUAUCGGUGCGGCCGUGCUAUGUCUGCCGGUUCUGCGGUAUACACAGCCAAAUCUUGAACGACCCAUCAAAGUCAACCUUUUCUUCCCUAUCCUCUACAUAAUCUGCACAAUCCUAGUAGUGGCAUUUCCAGCUGUAGCGUCUCCAGCUGAAACGGGCGUCGGCUGUCUCAUGAUACUGACAGCUGUACCGGUUUAUUUACUUCUAUUGGAGCCUAGGACGAGGCUGACUGGACUUGGAUCUCUUACUGGGGCAGCAACGCGUUUAAUACAGAAGUUAACAUUAUCGGUGCGACCAAAAACAAAGUAAUCAACCACAGCCUGCAUAUCGGAUAAUCGGACUGACAGCCACAAUAAGCUAUGUGUUCUUCCUCUAUGAUGUAUGAUUUUAUUUUAAUAAAAUACGAUAAUUCCCAAUGGUACAGAAAUGGGAUCAAAACCUCAAAUCCAUAGAGUCAUAAUGGUCGUAUGAAACGCUUUAUUUGUAUUGGCAAAAUGGAUAUUUACCAAGAAAUGGUGAAAAUUAUCAUGACAAUCUGGGAUUAUUAGUUCAGGGAUCUGAUUUUUUAGGUACAUGUCAAUGAAUAAUUAUUAUCAUAGCUAUAAGUUAAAUUAAGUUUAAGACCAAUUUUUUUUAAUAAAUCUGAUCAUCAAUAAAGCAGGAGUUCGUGAACAUUAUUAAGAAAAAGCUUUAAGAAUGCAUUUGAUGUUUGAUAAUUCUAAUAAACAAAGUGUAUACACGGCAAUUUUCAAGUAUAUUUUAUUUACGCUUUUAUAAUAAUAAUAUUAUCAGCUAUGAAAUUGUAAUAGAAUUAUGAAGUUCCUCGGAAUCUCUAAUGACCAAUCACAAAUGUGUAGCGAUUUGACAUUAAAAACGAUUAAGAUUCACACAAGUUUAAAUGCGAAUGAAAUUUCCAUCUAUUGUCUAUGACUUCAUGACUUUGACAGAUCGGACAAAUCGUUCGCGCUUAGACAUGUCUCUGAAUCUCAGACUCAAUGUUGUAUCUUUGUCUGUAUUAUAUAAUAAUCGAAUAAGAUUGGCUUAAAAGACGUUUUUAGUUUAAAUAAUUCAGUUAGUGUGAAAUUCAACUGUAUAUAAAAAAGACACUACGAAUUUUCGUAACAAAACCUAUGAAAUAUGGUUUGUGUUCUUAAAAAUAUGGUACAUUCGCGCGCCAAAAAAUAUGUAUUAAAUAAGUCUUGUUUGCCCAAUGUUGGACAAUAUUUUUACUAGAAAUUUCUAGCUUUUAUAAAGUAAUUGAGUAGAUAAUACCGAAAUAAUAUUUUUUUUACUUAGCCUUGUGACUACAUUUUAGUGACAAAUAAGUAUACCUCCUAAGGUUAUUUAUCAUUUAUAACAAAAUGGCUGUGUUUAAUUUUACAUUCCAUUAAAGUUAUUUGGAAUAUCGUUUUUAUUGCUUUUAUAAUAAACAAAUUUUACAAUUUGUUUAUUUUGUAAAUACAUAUUGCUACUCUCAUACAUGACAUUCCAAAGUAAUUAAGGUUUUUAUUUCAUAAAUAUUGGGCUUACAAAGCGUUGUAGUUGCCAAGAUCGCGGAAUCAUUAUAAGUUUUUUCUAAUAAAGUUAUAAUUGAGUAACUUUAAGUAGGCAGGAGAAAACUAUAGAUAAUGUAUUCUAUACACUCAUUUACUUAAAACAAAUGACCGUCAUACGAGGUGUCAUAUCAAGGAAUAUGAAAAAGCAUUUUUUUUUUAAUUUGGAUGAGCAAUAUUGACCUAAAACGGUGCGUCAGGCACAGAAGGCUGACCUACAUGCCUAUUAAGAAAAAUAAACGAUUACGGAAUAGUCUUUGAGGCCAAAACCACGGUUAAGCGCGGCUAUUUUAUUUCAUUUCCCUCUUUGCAAACAUAUAUGAAGUUCCCAUAAAUAUCAGCUCCUACGCCAUAGACAUAAGGCAUGUAUUAAUUAAUACUCUUAAUAAAUACAUGCUUCCUUUUAAGUUACUCAAUUAUAUACAAUAUAGCUUUAAGAUUUAUAAUACUGCGCAUGAUGUGUAUUUUUGCUCAUGUUAACUAAAUCAUACCCAAUGUUGUUUAGAUGUAGAUAAGCUUUAUAUAACUGUCAUGUGAUGUUGUAUAUCGUUGUUUCUGUUUAGGUUGUCUCACAGACACAAUGUGACAAUAAUAAAAUACCUAUUCACUC